UUGUAGUCAGAAUAGCUUCAGUUUGCUCCGAGGUGCGUAUGGAUAGGACUCCAACUCCCAGUAUGCCCCGCGGCUCUCAAGUGCAGCGCCUAUUUUCAUCCUCCCCACUUUUCCAGUCCUCUUCCUUUCCUUCUCUUCUGUUUUCCCCAUUCUGGGCUGCUGAGAAAUCCCUCGUUGCUCUCCAUCUUUUUCUCUCAUUUCCUCACCAUCCUUUCCCCCGUCUCCGGGACAUUGGCUCCGUUUAAGCGACGGCUGGAGACUUGGGGCGAGUGAGGAGGGUCGGCACAGAGUGGUGAUGGAGAGUGCCCCUUCUAGGGGUGGACUGAACCGGGUGCAUCUACAAUGCAGGAAUCUGCAGGAAUUCUUAGGGAGCCUAAGCCCUGGAGUUUUGGAUCGAUUGUAUGGGCACCCUGCCACCUGUCUGGCUGUCUUCAGAGAGCUCCCAUCUUUGGCUAAGAACUGGGUGAUGCGGAUGCUCUUUCUGGAGCAGCCUUUGCCGCAAGCUGCCGUGGCCCUGUGGGUGAAGAAGGAGUUCAGCAAGGCUCAGGAGCAAAGUACGGGGCUGCUGAGUGGCCUCCGGAUCUGGCACACCCAGCUGCUCCCUGGAGGCCUCCAGGGCCUCAUCCUCAACCCUGUCUUCCGCCAGAACCUCCGCGUCGCCCUUCUCGGUGGGGGGAAGGCCUGGUCUGAUGACACAAGUCAGCUGGGACCCGACAAGCACGCCCGAGAUGUCCCCUCCCUCGACAAGUACGCAGAGGAGCGAUGGGAGGUGGUCUUGCACUUCAUGGUGGGCUCCCCGAGUGCGGCUGUCAGCCAGGACUUGGCCCAGCUCCUCAGUCAGGCUGGGCUCAUGAAGAGUGCCGAGCCAGGAGAGCCCCCCUGCAUUACUUCCGCCGGCUUCCAGUUCCUGCUGCUGGACACGCCCGCCCAGCUCUGGUACUUUAUGCUGCAGUAUCUGCAGACCGCCCAGAGUCGGGGCAUGGACCUCGUGGAGAUUCUCUCCUUCCUGUUCCAGCUCAGCUUCUCUACUCUGGGCAAGGAUUACUCUGUGGAGGGUAUGAGUGACUCCCUGCUGAACUUCCUGCAACACCUGCGUGAAUUUGGCCUUGUCUUCCAGAGAAAGAGGAAGUCCCGGCGUUACUACCCCACGCGCCUGGCCAUCAAUCUCUCAUCUGGCGUCUCUGGGGCUGGGGGCACUGUGCACCAGCCGGGCUUCAUUGUCGUGGAAACCAACUACCGGCUGUAUGCCUACACGGAGUCGGAGCUGCAGAUUGCGCUGAUCGCCCUCUUCUCCGAGAUGCUCUAUCGCUUCCCCAACAUGGUGGUGGCGCAGGUGACCCGGGAGAGCGUGCAGCAGGCCAUUGCCAGUGGCAUCACGGCCCAGCAGAUAAUCCACUUCCUAAGGACAAGGGCCCACCCAGUGAUGCUCAAACAGACCCCCGUGCUGCCCCCCACCAUCACGGACCAGAUUCGCCUGUGGGAGCUGGAAAGGGACAGGCUACGGUUCACGGAGGGCGUCCUGUACAACCAGUUCCUGUCGCAAGUGGACUUCGAGCUGCUGCUGGCCCACGCGCGGGAGCUGGGCGUGCUGGUUUUCGAGAACUCGGCCAAGCGGCUCAUGGUGGUGACCCCGGCCGGGCACAGCGACGUCAAGCGCUUCUGGAAGCGGCAGAAGCACAGCUCCUGACCGGAGGCGUGGCCCGGGGCUGUGCCGCUCCCCCAACCCGCACCCUCUUCACGUGCGCCGUCUCUCCGGAACAGAUCUUGGCCCCUCUCCAGACAACUCCCGAUGCCUCAUUUGCCUCUGGCCUCUCUGAGACCCUCGCUCUGGGGUCUGAGGCCCCCCCGGGGCCUCCGCAGCCUCCAUCCCCUUUCUACACAGUCAGAGCCCCAUCAUGGACCUCCCGUCUCCCGGAGGAACCGAGAGGCCAAACAGAAGCGCCUGCGGGAGAGGCAGGCGGCGCUGGAGGCCGGGACAGCCGGGAAGGGCCAGUCACCUGCAGAACCCAGGAAGGCCUGGAGCCCUAAGGAGGUGGUGCUGUAUGAAGUCCCUACGGAGCCCGGGGAGAAGAAAGAUGUGUCGGGGCCCCUGCCUCCUGCCUACAGCCCUCGCUACGUCGAGGCUGCCUGGUACUCGUGGUGGGAGCGAGAGGGCUUCUUCAAACCAGAAUAUCAGGCCCAGAUGCCCCAGACCACAGGGGAGACGUUUUCCAUGUGUAUCCCGCCCCCCAAUGUCACUGGGUCCCUGCACAUCGGCCACGCACUCACGGUGGCCAUAGAGGAUGCCCUCGUGCGCUGGCACCGCAUGCGAGGGGAUCGGGUGCUCUGGGUCCCUGGCUCCGAUCACGCAGGAAUUGCUACACAAGCUGUGGUGGAGAAGCGGCUGUGGACGGAGCGGGGAGUGAGGAGACACGAGCUGGGCCGGGAGGACUUCCUCAAGGCCGUGUGGCAGUGGAAGGCGGCGAAAGGUGGCGAGAUCUGUGAGCAGCUGCGUGCUCUGGGCGCCUCCCUGGACUGGGACCGAGAAUGCUUUACCAUGGAUGCUGGCUUCUCGGUGGCUGUGACCGAAGCUUUCGUGCGGCUCUACGAGGCAGGGUUGCUGUACCGAGGCCGUCAGCUCGUCAACUGGUCGUGCGCCUUACGGUCAGCCAUCUCUGAUAUUGAGGUGGACAGCCGGGCCUUGCCUGGCCGCACCGAGCUGCAGCUGCCCGGCUGCCCCAGCCCUGUGUCUUUUGGCCUGCUCUUUUCUGUUGCCUUCCCCGUGGAUGGAGAACCUGACGCCGAGGUUGUGGUGGGAACCACGAGGCCGGAGACGUUGCCCGGAGACGUGGCCGUGGCUGUUCAUCCCGACGACUCCCGAUACACACACCUGCACGGGCGACGGCUUCGUCACCCCUUGACCGGAGAGCUUCUGCCGCUCAUCACUGACCCUGCGGUUCAGCCGCACGUGGGCACCGGGGCAGUGAAGGUGACGCCGGCCCAUAGUCCCGCCGACACAGAGAUGGGCGCCCGGCAUGGCUUGAGCGCCCCGAGUGUCAUCGCGGAGGACGGGACCAUGACCCCCCUCUGCGGGGACUGGCUGCAGGGUCUUCACCGCUUCGUGGCCCGGGAAAAGAUUGUGUCUGCACUGCGGGAGCGGGGCCUGCUCCGCGGCCUCCAGAGCCACGCCAUGGUGCUGCCCAUCUGCAGCCGGUCCGGGGACGUGGUGGAAUAUCUGCUGAAGAGCCAGUGGUUUGUCCGCUGCCGGGAGAUGGCCGACCGAGCUGCCGAGGCUGUGGAGUCCGGGGCCCUGGAGCUCUGGCCUGCCUUCCACCGGAAGAACUGGCAGCACUGGUUUGCCCACAUCGGGGACUGGUGCGUCUCCCGGCAGCUGUGGUGGGGCCAUCAGAUUCCAGCCUACCAGGUCAUGGAGGAGCACGCCAGGGGUGACAGGCAGGACUGUUGGGUGGUCGGGCGGUCAGAAGCCGAGGCCAGAGCGCUAGCGGCAGCCCUGACUGGGAGACCGGGGGCGGAGCUGACCCUGGAGAGGGACCCUGAUGUCCUGGACACGUGGUUCUCUUCGGCGCUCUUCCCCUUUUCUGCCCUGGGCUGGCCCCAGGAGACCCCAGACCUGGCUCACUUCUACCCCCUGUCACUUCUGGAAACGGGCAGCGACCUCCUGCUGUUCUGGGUGGGCCGCAUGGUCAUGCUGGGCACUCAGCUCACGGGGCAGCUCCCCUUCAGCAAGGUGCUUCUUCACUCCAUGGUUCGGGACAGGCAGGGCCGGAAGAUGAGCAAGUCCCUGGGGAAUGUGCUGGACCCACGGGACAUCAUCAGCGGAGUGGGGCUGCAGGUGCUGCAGGAGAAGCUGAGAGAUGGGAACUUGGACCCCGCAGAGCUGGCCUUUGCAGCCGCAGCACAGAAAAAGGACUUCCCUCACGGGAUCCCCGAGUGUGGGACGGACGCCCUGCGCUUCACGCUGUGUUCCCAUGGGGGCCUGGGGGGCGACUUGCACCUGUCUGUCUCUGAGGUCUUGAGCUGCCGCCAUUUCUGCAACAAGAUCUGGAACGCCCUGCGCUUUGUCCUCAAUGUCCUGGGGGAGAAAUUCACCCCCCAGCCCGCGGAGGAGCUGUGCCCCUCCUCGCCCAUGGACACCUGGAUCCUGAGCCGCCUCGCCGGCGCCGCGCAGGAGUGUGAGCGUGGCUUCCUCACGCGGGAGCUCUCGCUCGCCACCCGCGCCCUGCACCACUUCUGGCUCCACAGCCUCUGCGACGUCUACCUCGAGGCCGUGAAGCCCCUGCUGUCACACUUGCCCCGGCCGCAGGGGCCCCCUCAGGUCCUGUUCUCCUGCGCUGACCUGGGGCUCCGCCUCCUCGCCCCGCUAAUGCCCUUCCUGGCCGAGGAGCUCUGGCAGAGGCUGCCCCCCAGGCCUGGCGGCCCGCCUGCCCCCAGCAUCUCCGUGGCCCCCUACCCCAGUGCCCGCAGCCUGGAGCACUGGCGCCAGCCCAAGCUAGAGCAGCGCUUCUCCCGCAUCCAGGAGGCUGUGCAGGCGCUCCGGGGGCUCCGUGCCACGUACCAGCUCACCAAAGCCCGGCCCCGAGUGCUGCUGUAUAGCCCGGAGCCUGAAGAGCUGGGCCUCUUCCAGGCCUUCCUGGAGCCCCUGGGCACCCUGGCUCACUGUGGGGCUGUAGCCUUCCUGCCCCCAGGUGCCGCAGCUCCCUCCGGCUGGGCCCAGGCCACUCUUGGUGACACCGUUCAGGUCUACAUGGAGCUGCAGGGCCUGGUGGACCCCGGGGCCCAUCUACCUCUGCUGGCCGCCCGAAGGCACAAGCUGCAGAAACAGCUUGAUGGCCUCACAGCCCGGACCCCGUCAGAAGGAGAGGCAGAGACCCAGAGGCAGCAACGGCUUUCUUCCCUCCGGUUGGAACUGGCAAAGCUGGACCAGGCGGCCUCUCACCUCCGGCAGCUGAUGCCCGAGACGCCCAGCUCCCGGAGCGCUGGGCCCUAAGUCACCUCCCCUGGUCUUCCCCCCUCCCAGACCUGCCCUUGGGGGCAGAUGGAUUUGUCCACUGCCUGGGGACCUCACAGACUGGUCCUGUCUCCUCAUCUCGUAAAUGGGGAAGCAGGCUGCCGGGUCAGGGUGGCCGUGAGCUCCCUGAGCUGUCGUGUCCCUGCCCAGCCUCUCCUAAGUGCAGAGGUGAGGAGAGUCAGAUAAAACUUUGAAA